AUGGCGAUUCCCAACACCUCUCUCACAGCAAACGAUGCUCGCAUUCUAAAUGCUCUCUUCGACCCCGAAACCCUCCCCUCCUCCGUCGCCAAAUCAAAGGACGCCAGCUCAAUAGACGCUUCGUUGCUCUCCCACCCCAACAUACCAUCCUCACAACUCUCUACAUUGGAAACAAAACAAAACGAUAUCGUGCGCCAAGUAUCCAACACUUCCAGAGUCACAGAAAUCGAUCUCAGCAUAAGCGAAAUGGAUCGCAUAAUAGAGACUUACCCAAACUACCCAAGCGUCUAUGUGAACCGCGCGAUGUUGCGAAGACUGCGUCUAGAAUCCUCUCUUGGUUCCUCGCAGUCAAUAUUUUCCGCUUCGAUAUCCAACGUGGAACCAUUAUUUACGGAUCUUGCACGGGCGAUUCAUCUCUCCCUCCCCUCAUUAUCGAGUGCGCCCGUCUCGCCGUACCAGGCACGCAUACUGAGGACGGCAUACUCACAUCGCGCAUACCUUUACCUGAAAGCGGCAGAGACAGGCACGGAGCUUCAGGGCUUAGGGAAGAACGAACUAGAGGAGUUGGCGUCGAAGGAUUUCGCUGCUGCGGCACGAUAUGGGGACGAGGUUGCAAGGGAGAUGAGUGUUAGGACAAAUCCGUAUGCAAAGAUGUGUGGAGCGAUAGUGAGAAACGCGUUGGCAGAAGAGAGAAAGGGGGAAAAGGUCUAG